AUGAGCGAGAAGCCCACUAUCAGCGCGUAUUUCUCGCAGGCGACGCCGAAGAAGGUGACAGGGAAGCGGCCAAGCUCGCCCAUAGAGAUCUCGGACGACGAGUCGGGGAGAGAGACGAAGAAGCGGAAGACCAGUGCGGCGACCUCUGUCUACUUUCAAUCCCCAAGUAAAGCUGCCUCUUCAAGCGCGGGGACGGCAGAGCAGUGGAGAUACGCGCCUGAGAAGCCAAUACAACCUCGCGCGGAAGAGACGAAAGCACAGAAACGAUCCAAAGAGGAGUUUCGCAGGCGAUUGUUGCAACAGAAUAACAGAUUCCUGUCUCGAAAGCCCUCAGCCUCACCAGCACCGACUGCAGAAGAGGAUCGAGACGAAGACGAUGAGGAAGAGCGGAGCAAGAGAUUCGAAGACUUGGAGGCAAUGUUCUCCAAUAAGCCGAAGGGAGGGGGAAAGCGACAGACCAGUGGCGCGAGCAAGGGGAAGGCACCCAAGAAAGACGAGCCAGUGGGUCCCAGCGGGGAGCCAUAUACUCCUUUGGAAAAGCAGGUGCUGGAGCUGAAGAAAGCGAACCCCGGAACGGUACUCAUGGUCGAAAUUGGCUACAAGUACAAAUUCUUCGGCGAAGACGCACAUGUAGCAGCGAAAGAGCUCGGCAUGGUCUGCUACAAUGACCGCAACUUCGAUGUGGCAACUAUACCCAGCCAUCGUCGCGACAUUCACUUGAAGAAGCUUCUCUCGCAGGGUUACCGCGUCGGUGUAUGUGACCAGACCGAGACCGCUGCCCUCAAGAAGGUUAGCGACCAACGAAGUGCGCCCUUCAGGCGCGAGCUCACUCGCUUAUACACCGCGGCAACCUACGUUGACGAUCUCGACUCUGUCGAUGAUAUAUCUGGCAGCUCAGCGCCUCCGUUCACAUGCAUCGUCGAGGAGAGCACGUCUGGGGCGGGAGCGGACGUGCAUGUUGCAAUGAUCAGCAUUUCUCCCAGCUCAGGGGAUGUGGUAUGGGAUGCGUUUGACGACAACCCGAUGAGACUCGAGCUCGAGGCAAGUGCCUAUCACGAUACGCGACUGGUGCACACUCGCCCCGCGGAAUUGCUUCUGCCAAAGACUGGGUUAUCGGGGCCGACGCAGAAGAUGCUAGGCCAUUUCACCGUCGCUACGGCUAGCGGCACUCAAACUCGCGUCGAGCACUUUAAAGGCCAAAUGGACUACACCGAUGCCUUCGCCUACGUCUCCGAGUUCUACUCCCAGAAAGCCCCCGCAACCUCCGACGGCUCCAUCUCCGGCGCCUCUCACCUCAACCCCAACGCCUCCGAGGCCUUCACCUCCGGCGCCCUCAUGGCCGCCGCCGCCGACUUCCCCAACCUCGUCGUCAUCGCCCUCGCACACACCAUCAAGCACCUUUCCGCCUUCGGCCUCGCCGACGCGCUGCGCGAGACGCGGUUCUUCGCGAGGUUUGCUGCGAGGACGCACAUGCUACUGGCGGGGAAUACGCUGAGGAAUCUGGAGAUCUAUGCGAAUGAGACGGACGGGGAAGUGCGAGGGUCAUUGUUAUGGGUGCUGGACCAGACACAGACAAAGUUUGGGGCGAGGCUGCUGAGGAGUUGGGUGGGGAGGCCGUUGAUCGAUAAGAGAGUGCUCGAUGAACGGGUAGCUGCUGUGGAGGAACUCGUCUCGAGUGCGUCCGAAAAGCUCGUCACUCUUCGGCAGUUGCUGAGACGCAUGCCUGACCUUGCCAAGGGCCUGUGCAAGAUUCAGUAUGGGCAGUGCAAACCCGAGGAGCUCGCCAUCCUCUUGACAUCCUUCAAGCGGAUAGGGGAUGCAUUUCCAGACGUGAAUUCGCCUGCGGACGUCGGCUUCCAGUCCAAUGUACUCAAUGAGAUUCUCUACGCGCUCCCUAAGAUCAAGCCUGCGAUAGAUGAGAUCGUCUUGCAUAUCUCGCUCAAAGAGGCUGCGGCGGGCAAUAGGGAGCAUCUCUGGAAGGAUCCUGGACGGUACCCUGCAGUGCUCGACGCGUUUCAGGGCCGAGCAAUGGUGGAAGUCGAACUGGAGGAGGAACUUAAGAGAGUCCGCAAGGUCCUACGAUACCCAUCGCUCAAGUGGCUUCAUCAGACAGAUGCGGAAUACCUCAUCGAGGUCAAGAAGAGCGAAAACAGGCCAAUACCGGACGACUGGAAGCUCGUGUCGCGCACUAAAUUCUAUGAGCGAUACCAUACACCAACCAUUAUCAACCUCAUUGCAGAGCGUGAGCGGUACAUGGAGACUGCGACUGCGGAGGCUCGCGCAGCGUACUCAGAGUUCCUCUCGGAGAUUGCACGCACACACUACGCACCGUUGAGACACGCCGUCAACCAGCUAGCUGCCGCAGAUUGCUUGCUCAGCCUCGCCCAAGUAGCUCUGCGUGACGGAUAUGUGCGCCCGGAGUUCGUAGACGAGGAUGCCCUAGACAUCGUGGCCGGCCGACAUCCGAUGGUCGAGACACUGCGUGACGACCCUUUCGUGCCGAACGAUGUGGGUAUGGGCAGAGGCUCGCCACGAAGCAAAAUCAUCACUGGCCCGAACAUGGGCGGGAAGAGUAGCUGUGUACGGAUGGUUGCGCUCAUUGCGAUCAUGGCGCAGAUUGGGUGCUAUGUGCCAGCUGAGGCGGUUCGUAUGAGCUUGUUGGACUCGGUGUUGACGAGGAUGGGUGCUUCUGACGACUUGGCGCGCGGUCGGUCGACUUUUAUGGUGGAGAUGACGGAGACGAGCGAGAUCCUGCACACUGCGACGGAGCGCAGCCUCGUCAUUCUGGACGAACUUGGCCGAGGGACAUCCACGUUCGAUGGAAUGGCCAUCGCAGAUGCAACUAUGCAUUACUUGCUCUCCGAGAAGCACUGCAAAACACUGUUCAUCACUCACUACCCGCUGGUCGCGACAAAUCUUGAGCAGAAGUUCAUGAAGGAGGUAGAGAAUCUGCAUAUGGCGUACCGGGCGGACCUGCGCAUCGACGGAACGCGAGAGAUUACCUUCUUGUAUCGCCUCACAAGUGGCAUCACAUCUGAGUCGUUUGGCGUGGAGUGUGGCAGGCUUGCAGGAUUACCCGAGACUGUCCUCCGAACCGCAUCGCAGAGGUCGCAAAGCUUCCAGGUUGAAGUGGAGGCUCGCAUGAAGCGCAACAGGUUCGUACCUUCCCGAGUCUCCUACAUCCAGGUCCUAACCCUCGUGCAGGCUACGCAAAUGUGCACAGCUCAUACAACAAUGUAUACAAGAGUCCGGUAUCGAGGCAGUUGCCACCGCCGCAGAGAUACAGAUGAUAGCAUCGGGGAGAUAUAUACACUAAUCUACGUUCGGCUUGUCUUUCUUGCCUUUUUUACGCUUUGGCUUCUCGCUGCCUGCCGCGUCGGUCUCUGCCUUGCGUUUUGUGGCCUUUGCCUUCUUGUCGGUGCCGUUCACCUGCUUGUCGACGCCGUUCACUUCCGGUGA